GUUCGAUUCAGUGCUGAGGUCGGCGAAUGCACUGUGGCUGGAAGCGCCUUCGGCAUGUCUUAAGCUUGAACAUCAUCAUCACCGCUACUGGUCUGCUGCAGCACCUUACGAGAAUGCCUUCACAAAGACGACGUUCAUAUUCUAGGGAUGGGACUCGGACGCCCCCAAGCGAGCGCGACCGUUCGCGCUCGCGCUCACCAGAGCGCAGAGUGACACUUCCGGCUGGUGCCUCGCCCAUCUCAGAGUCAGACUACUUCCUCAAGAACGACGAGUUUCGACAAUGGUUGAAAGACGAGAAGAAGAAGUACAUGGACGAAUUGUCCAGUGACAGGGCGCGAAAGUACUUCCGCAAGUUCGUAAAGGCGUGGAACAGGGGGAAGCUGCCCAGGCAUCUUUACAGUGGCGUAGACGUGCCCUCCGCCAGCAGUCAGACAGCAUACCGCUGGUCAUUCGCCUCCAAAGCAUCUGGCUCCGACACCGCCGCUCUCCGUGCUGCUCGAAAUGAAGUGGGCUCUGCAACACAUGGUCGCGCAUCCACCGCAGGUGGAAGUGGUCGCAUACAAGGCCCGACGCUGCCGACAGCAUCGGAUAUGACCCUAGCACGCGAAGCUGCGGAUGAAUCCCGAACUGCAGAGCGCGACUACCAGCGAAAACGCGAGCGGAAACAGACGAAGGAGCGGGUUGAGGAAAUCGUCGGACCCAAACCUGUCGGAAGGGAGGGUAUGCUCGAGAAGAAGCGCGCACAGAGGGAGAACGACCGCGCCUUCCGCGAAGGCGGGGAUGAGGGUCUGGAGGUCGAUGAAUCCACCAUCAUGGGAGGCGGAAGCAGCUUCAAAGACGAGCUCGCCCGGCGAGAUGCCGCGCGGCGGAGAUUCGAGGAGAAGCGCCAUGGGGGGAAGGAGGAACGGGUGUCUGCUGCGCGGGAGCGAGCAGACGUCAUACGGCAGAAGGACAAGGCGACGAUGGACAUGUUCAUGCAGAUGGCGAAGGAGAAAUUCGGCUAAGUCGUUUCCGUCAGUUCUCUUCCUGCGGUAUGGCCCGUCUCCGCGUGUCAUGUGCUGCCACUGCCUCGUAACCUCACGUAUGCCCAUGUGAAUGACAUUGGUUUCACUGCGAA